AUGCAAAUAAGGGGGCGGGGCCCGCUUGUGGCAGCGAUGACGUGACGUAAGGUCCAGCCUUGCGGAGAGAGCGCAACAAACAUGGCGACAGAGCGGAGCGGACAGGGGUGUCUUCUAACUUUCAUCGUGUUCCUCUGGAGCUCUGUCAGCGGGCGGACGGAGACGUCGAGCCCCAGUUCCAGCAGUCAGAUCCUGGGCAUGCGGCUGGAGAGGAGCGACAAAGCGGUCAGCACGACGGAGGACGGGGUCAUCCAGGUAACGGAGGAGAGCAGCGUCGUGCUCAGGUUUUAUGGGGUGCACCUGAGCCCGGACGCAGCAUCCCACAUCAGGUUCACAGAGUAUGUGGAUACGGGGGACAGUGACGAAUUAAACAGGACUUGUGAGGAUUUCACCAAAGACCUGAGCAUCAGCACCUUAAUGAACGUGAGCAACAGAGGAACAUCAGGUCUGGUGAGUGUGUAUGUGAAGCCACUGCGUAAGAGUGAACGAGAAAAGACCUACAGCCUAUGUGUCAGGCAGGGUUUGGGAGACAAAUGGGUCCAGUUGGGUGAAAAUGAUGGAAGAUUGUUAGUCAUAGAGGAGAAAGAAACUUUUCUACCUCUUUGGUUCCAAAUCAUCCUGAUUUCAGGUUUGCUGGUGCUGUCCGGCAUGUUCAGUGGGCUCAACCUGGGGCUCAUGGCGUUGGAUCCAAUGGAGCUUCGCAUUGUACAAAGCUGUGGAACUAAUAAGGAAAAGAAGUAUGCGCGAAAAAUCGAACCUAUUCGAAGCAAGGGCAACUAUCUGCUUUGCUCUUUAUUGUUGGGUAACGUGCUGGUCAACACAACUUUGACGAUCCUGCUAGAUGAUUUGAUUGGGUCGGGGUUGGGAGCCGUGGUGGCAUCUACUGUUGGCAUUGUCAUAUUUGGUGAAAUCGUGCCACAAGCGCUGUGCUCACGCCACGGUUUGGCCGUAGGCGCCAACACCAUCGUGUUGACCAAAUUUUUCAUGCUCCUGACCUUCCCAUUGUCAUUCCCCGUCAGUAAACUCUUGGACUGCGUUCUCGGGCAGGAAAUUGGCACCGUCUACAACCGUGAGAAGCUGGUGGAGAUGCUGAAGGUCACCGAACCCUACAACGACCUGGUGAAAGAAGAACUGAACAUCAUACAAGGUGCUCUGGAACUCCGAACCAAGACGGUUGAGGAUGUGAUGACGCCUCUGAGCAACUGCUUCAUGAUUCACAUUGACGCCGUUCUCGACUUUAAUACCAUGUCUGAGAUCAUGGAAAGUGGCUACACGCGGAUACCCGUGUAUGAUGCAGAGCUCUCCAACAUCGUGGACAUCCUGUACGUCAAAGACCUGGCCUUCGUUGACCCCGACGACUGCACGACGCUUAAAACGGUCACCAAGUUCUACAACCACCCGGUGCAUUUCGUCUUCCACGACACUAAGUUGGAUGCCAUGUUGGAGGAGUUUAAGAAAGGUAAAUCCCACCUGGCCAUCGUUCAGAAGGUGAAUAAUGAGGGCGAAGGGGAUCCGUUCUACGAGGUUCUGGGUCUGGUGACGCUGGAGGACGUCAUUGAGGAGAUCAUCAAAUCUGAGAUCCUGGACGAGUCUGAUCUCUACACUGACAAUAGUAACAGAAAGAAAGUGGAUCCCAACAAGAACAAGAGGGACUUUUCUGCUUUCAAACAUGAGAGGGAAUCCCAAGUCAAGAUAUCGCCUCAACUAAUGCUAGCAGCGCAUCGUUUCCUCGCUACUGAGGUGAGCCUUUUCAAUCCGCUCCAGAUUUCAGACAAGGUCUUACUGCGUAUCCUCAAGCACCCGGAUGUCAUUCAGGAGAUUAAGUUCAACGAGAACGACAAGCGCUCGCAACAGCACUAUUUAUAUCAGCGCGGAAAACCUGUCGACUUUUUCGUCCUUAUCCUUCAGGGUCGGGUGGAAGUUGAGGCUGGAAAUGAGAAUAUGAUGUUUGAGACGGGUCCUUUCUCUUAUUAUGGAGUCAUGGCACUGACUACAUGCCUGGCUGUCACCCCCCCUCUCUCUCCUUCCGUGGUGUCGCCUCGUCCGCGCCGCCUUUCGCUUAAGAGGUUUUCUCUGUUUUCGCGUUUCCCAGGUAAAUGCCCUGCAUGCUGGGUGCUAACUCAGGGAUGUAGGGGUAGCUAACAGGGGGACAGUGUGGGACAGGAGCUAGUUUAAAAGGCAAAAAAAUAACCUUUAUCAUGCUAUGACCUGUUGUCCAGCAAGUUCACAU